AUGGAGAGCUUAGCAGGGUCCAGGCGCCGGCUGGUGGGGAUGGGACUUCGGAUCUUGGUGUCCCCCAUCCAGAUAGCCUUUUACGUCCUCCUGGUAAUGCUGGGCACCUUGGGUAACGCCACUGUCAUCGGGGUGAUCGGCAAAAGCGUGUACGUGGAGCACGGCCGGGGUCGUAACUCGGACAUCAUAAUCAUCAACAUGGCCUUGUCCAAUCUGCUGGUGUCGGUGAUGAGGAACACACUGCUGGUCAUCUCGGACACGGGACUGGAGUUGUAUUCAUCCAAGGAGUGGUGUCAGUUCCUCAUGGGCGUGUGGGUGUGGCUGCGCUCGGUCAACGUGUGGUCGACGCUCUUCCUCAGCGCUUUCCACCUCCAGACCCUAAGGAGGGUGGCUCCCACCAUUGGUACCCUGCGAGGACCCCGAGGCGCUCCGAGUACCCUCCUGAUCAAUCUGGCUUUCAUCUGGCUGCUCAACUUUAUAUACUCCAUUCCUGCGUAUAUCUUCUCCACAAGCGGCAACGUGAACAGCACAGAGACUUUAAUGCUGGUGAGCAGCACAACACGCCCCCUGCUGGGCUGCGUUUGGAACUUCCCGUCUUCCUUCAGCGGCCUGUCCUACGCCACCACCUCCAUGGUGAUCCAUGAGACCAUCCCCAUCAUUCUGAUGGCCUUCACCAACUUGGGCUCCCUCUACACGCUCUACACGCACGGCAGAGUGCGCAAGUCGGUGCAGGACACCCACGUCAUCAAGCGAGUGCCGGCUGAGAGACGAGCAGCCAAGGUGAUCCUCGCCCUUAUCAUGCUCUUCAUCGUGUCGUGGGGCACCAGCAUUAUCUCUGUCAACUACUUCAACUACAACCGCGGCUCGUCGGCAGAGUUCCUCCUGGUCAUCGCUCGCUUUGCCAACAUCAUCUUCAUCGCCAUGUCGCCCAUGGUGCUGGCGGUAGGCCACCGGCGGCUACGUUCCUUCAUCCGCUCUGUGCUCUCUCACUGA